AUGGCGCUCCAGCCUCGCUACACGUGUGAGCUACGCCUGACCCAGGUGCUUGGGCACGGCGCAGGAGCCCAGCGGUUUCUUCUGCGCGGCGACCGCGGGCGAGCGGCCUUGGGGUGCUCCGCAGCUCGAGGCUUGGACCUUUAUUGGACUUUGCCACUUGGGAGGGAAUUUAAGACCUCUUUUUUUUUUUUUUCCUUUUACCAGGCUGACUUUGAUAGUGCUGCAGAAGAUGUAAGAAAAUUAAAAACAAGGCCGACUGAUGAUGAACUGAAGGAGCUGUAUGGAUUCUACAAACAGGCGACUGUUGGAGACAUUAAUAUUGAAUGUCCAGGAAUGCUAGAUUUGAAAGGCAAAGCCAAAUGGGAAGCAUGGAACCUGAAAAAAGGUUUAUCAAAGGAGGAUGCCAUGAAUGCCUAUAUUUCUCAAGCAAAAGCAAUGGUAGAGAAAUAUGGGAUCUAAAAUACUCAAAAUAAUUCCCUCUAAUAACUAACUUUUCAGUAGCUAAUAAACUAACUUUUCUAGGAAAGUGCAAUACUAACUCUAUAUUGUGUAGCCUGACACUAAAAAUCUUUGAAGCAUGAGCUGUUUGGCCCUAAAGAGCAUUUACAUGCAUGCUGUAUUUUAGACUAUAACUGUACUUAUUCUAAAUAAAUUUGUACCUAUUCA